CAUUUACAUCACAACACACACAGAAACAAAAACACCAAGAUCGUUUAAACAAAAAAAACACCAAGAUCAAACAAGAAGCCGAAACAAUGGCAGCACGAGCAAAAACGUUAUAUGCUCUUUUACUAACCUCACUCCAACUCCUCCUAAUAUGCAAAGUGUCAUUAGCCGCCGGAGGAAAAUGGAAACUCCUCCGCCCCAACGUCGGAAUCUCAGCGAUGCACAUGCAGCUUCUCCGCAACGACCGUGUCGUAAUGUUCGACCGAACCAACUUCGGUCCAUCAAACAUCUCUCUCCCCAAUGGUAACUGCCGUAACAACCCACAAGACGCUGUCUCCCAAAUCGACUGCACAGCUCACUCCAUCGAAUACGACGUCGCGUCAAACACCAUCCGUCCCUUAACAGUACAAUCCAACACAUGGUGCUCUUCCGGUUCGGUUAGACCGGACGGUGUUCUCGUUCAAACCGGUGGAGACCGAGACGGCGAGUUAAAAGCGAGAAUCUUCUCUCCAUGUAGUAACAAAAAAUGCGACUGGGUCGAGAUUAACAACGGGCUAACAAAGAGAAGAUGGUACUCUUCUAAUCAUAUUCUCCCCGACGGUAAACAAAUCAUUAUCGGAGGUCAAGCACAGUUCAACUACGAGUUCUUCCCCAAAACGACAUCUCCUAACGUUAUCGCGUUACCGUUUUUGGCCGAGACUAGUGAUAGAGGAGAAGAGAAUAAUCUUUAUCCUUAUGUGUUUCUCAACACUGAUGGUAAUUUAUUUAUAUUCGCUAAUAACCGAGCGAUAUUACUCGACUAUGUUAAAAACACGGUGGUGAAAACUUAUCCGGCGAUCCCCGGUGGUGAUCCGAGGAGCUACCCGAGCACUGGCUCAGCUGUGUUAUUACCUUUGAAGAAUCUUGAAGCGGUUAAAAUCGACGCGGAGGUUCUAGUGUGUGGAGGUGCACCUAAAGGAUCUUUCCUCCUCGCUCUUAGAAGGAAAACAUUCGUGAAGGCGCUUGAUACGUGUGCGAGGAUCAAGAUUAACGACGAGAAUCCUCAGUGGACGGUGGAGAAAAUGCCACGUGCUAGAGUCAUGGGAGACAUGACGCUUUUGCCUAAUGGAGAUGUUUUGAUUAUCAACGGUGGUGCUUCUGGCUCAGCUGCAUGGGAGCUUGGUCGUGAACCGGUUCUUGUACCGGAUGUGUACCAUCCGGAAAAUCCGGUUAACUCGAGAUUUGAGUCGCUUAACCCGAGUACAAUCCCGAGAAUGUAUCACUCCACGGCGAUCCUUCUCCGUGACGGGAGAGUUCUCGUUGGAGGAAGUAACCCUCACGGGUUCUAUAACUUCACCGGAGUGCUUUUUCCCACGGAGUUAAGCUUGGAAGCUUUCUCCCCGGCUUACCUAGAACCGGACUUUGCGAAACUUCGUCCGAAGAUUGUGUCUCCAAAAUCACAAACGAAGAUUGCGUAUGGGAUGAACUUAAAACUGAAGUUUAAGGUCACGGGAGAAGUCAAUGGUCCGGUUAGAGUAACGAUGGUGUUUCCAUCGUUCACGACGCAUUCAUUUUCGAUGAAUCAAAGGCUUUUGGUUUUGGAUAAUGUUAGUUUUAAAAGAUCUGGUAAGUCGUCGAACUAUGAGGUUCAAGUGAGGGUUCCAAGAUCGGCGAAUAUAGCACCGCCUGGUUACUAUAUGAUGUUUGUGGUGAAUCAAAACAUACCAAGCCAAGGUAUUUGGGUAAGGCUACAAUAAUUAAUAUGUAUAUAUAUACAUAUUCAUUCUUCUGUGUAUGUACUCUUAAAAUAUUAAAAGGAUGUCUCGUUAUUUAUUUGAAAACUUGUACA